AAGGAGAAGGAUGGAUAUCAUAUCACAUGUCAUAUCCUCUUCAUUUUACUUUUACUACGUACCUCACCACUUCUCUUUUGACCAUAAAGCAUAACCACUGCCAUGUGCAGCACGCAGACUAGUUUCAAGCUGAAGCCAAAUAAGAAAAGCUCUCUACUCGAUCGAUCAUCUCUCCUUACUCUGCCUACAAAAUGCUCGAUCCCCACGCCAAUCCCACAGCUAGCAGGUCGUACGUGACUCCUGACUUGAGAGAGUGAAACGGAAGGCGCGCGGAGUAAAGAAGAAGAAGAAGAAGAAGAAGAAGAAGAAGAAGAAGAAGAAGAAGAAGAAGAACAAUGAAGCUGAUGGUUAUGGCGGGAGCAAUAGUCGUCAUCAUAUUGAUCAUCAUGGCUGGAAGCGGUGAGAGCUCAGUCCUUGAGAAGGUCGGAAGCAGAAAAGGAUGGAUCCCAAACUUCAACUACACUCAAUGGUCUACUCAACACCAUUUCUACGUCGGCGAUUGGCUUUUGUUCGUGUUCGAUGAGCGGUACUACAAUGUGCUGGAGGUGAACAAGACGAGCUACGACGGGUGCGAGGAGAGAGGGUUCGCAAGGAACAUAACGAAGGGAGGGAGGGACGUGGUGGAGCUCACCGAGGCGAGGCCCUAUUACUUCAUCAGCGGCGGCGGUUACUGUUGGGGAGGCAUGAAAGUUGCUGUGAACGUCGAAGCACGGCCAGCUGUUUCACUGGCGCCAGCGCCGGCUCCUAGCAGCUCUCACGCUAACGAUGCAGUUGCCUUACCAGCUAAUUAUUACCAUGUUGCAUGCGCUUCAAUAUGCUUCAUGAUCAUUAUCCUAUUCCUAUAUAUUGUUGUGUAGGUCUCCCCUUCUCUAACUUUUUCUUCCGAGUCAUCAGAUGGAUUGUUGAAGUUGCGAGAAAUUGAGAGUUAUGGUUGAUCCAACUAUGUUAUUAUAGACUUAUAGUAUAAGUAGAGAAGCAUGUAUUCGUCAACAUAUAUAAUAGUUCUUCCAUCCCAAGCUCGAGGGCUUGUUAAUUAGGAAAAGUAGAAGAUUGUGACAAAAAGGCAUUACUUUGGCAUAGUAAUGCAUAUAAUGUGAGUAUAUGAAGAAGUUAGUAUUUGUGCUUUUGCUCUCUCUUUUUCCCCCUCCUCUUUCUUUUCCGCUUUUAGCUUGGGAUGGAAGAACUAUGCCAAAGUAAAUUGUAUUGAUAUAU